GAGACCAGGCUAUGUGAUUUCAUAACUAGUAAUAUAUCAAUCUAGAUCAAGCAAGAAUCAAGCAGCACCAAAAAUGGUGAGAUAGCUCUAGGUGCAGCUUGGAUAGUAGUUAUACUAAUCCAUGCCUGUAUACUGUGUGUGAUUGAGCUACUAUUAAUUCUAAAUUUAUAAUAAAAUAUGUCAUUUGGAAAUUAUAAGCUGGCAAGUUUUAGUAAUGAGUAGGGAUUUAAUUAUCUUGCCUGUAAAGUAUAUAUACUCAUCAUGGAUACUAUUAUUAUUGUUUGAGAUAUUGAAUGAUCUCUUGAAAAUUACAAUAGAUUUGGGAAUUGAAAAUAAAGAGCAAUAUAAAUGGCUUUCAUUUCAUUUAUAACUAGAUUUGGUUUUGAUUGGAAAUCUUGUGAGCCAUGAAUAUUCAAUUCAAAUUAAAUUUUUGUUAUGUAUUUCAAUAUAAUGCUAACAGCAGCAUUUCUGCCCCAGAGUAUUUUUGUUUACCUAGUUGCAACUAUACUUACUGUCAUGCAAGACAAUUUACUUACCGCAAUGAUACUUAUGCUUGAUCUGACAAUUAUUAAACUUUGAUUCAUGAAUUUUAUGUGACUAUGGAUGGCCUAACCAGCUGCUGCAGCAACUCAAUAUCUUAGCAACCCUUGCAUAAUUGAUGGGAGUGUCUUGUGUGUUAUCGAUGGUAGGUAGUGUAUUGUUGUGGGUCAUUUUGACUUCAUUACAAAUAUUCAUUUGCCUAAUAUUUAAUAAUAUUAUAGAAUGCAUUUCUCAUUGUACCUGAUUUUAAUUGCAAAUUUCUUUUCCAGUUACAGUCUAAAUAAUCCCCAUUCUCUUUUGUAAAAGCCAAUGAUUUCUCAACCUCAUAGAAUGCAUGUCAAUGGCCAUGCUCAUGUCCAGCUGAUGCCAGCUCAGGACUCACUUGGUCAUUCUUCAGAGCUAUGUCACCUGCAACCAGCCCAGGAGUCACUUGAUGCUUCAUCAGAGCUGCGGCAUCUGCCAGCUCAUCUAAAAGCUAAACUUGGUCAGUUGGUGGAUAGCCAACCUGGAUUGUGGCAGUCUGUGAUGGCUGAUAUUCCUAAAACUCCUCCAUGGACUCCAGGGAUGCCUUUACCUGAUGCUGGUGUGCUCUAUGAUAAGAAAUAUUCAGAUCAAGAUAUCAGACUGCUGGAGAAUGAGGUGUGUGCUGGACACCUGAGAAAGACAGUGGGUGGUGGACUGUGCCUACUGCUGGAGGAGUGGGGCUGCAGUGGGGUUGUAAGGCCCACCAUUGCUGAUCUCAUCAACUUGCUGGACCGUCACAAGUGUGCCAUUGCUUCUUCCUUCCUUCGUACUCAUGUUCUCAGAGAAAGAUCAUCGGAAAACCCAAAUCAAGACUUCUUAGCAUUGGAUAAUUUGCUCAAUGAAAACAGUGGUUGCAGCAAGUCAGAUGCCGUAGUGUCUUUCAAUGAGCAAUCAGCAGGCAAGCUUGCUCACAUUGUUGAUGGUGAACCUGAACUUGAUAAUCUUUUAGCUCAUCACAAUCAAGCUGCUGCAGAAGAUGAAAUAACUUCAAAUAACAAAGGAGUUUCAGGAGCAAUAACUUAUCCAUCUUUAGAAAGACUGGUAAUGGGAGAUGGCAAUUCCCACAAUGCUGAUGGAGUUAAUGCAAGUUUAGCUCAUCGUGAUCCCGUAGAAUUGGACUCAAGUUUACCUCUUGUGCCUCAUAUUAGCUACGAAAUCCUCUACAAAAUUACUGAUGGAUUUUGUGAAACGCCACAUGCUCGAGGAGGAAGAAAACUUGGGGAAGGUGCAUUUGGUGUCGUGUACAAAGCCGAAAUUUCUGUGAAAGACUUGUGGGGAAACGAUACCACGGCCUUUCACCGCAGCUCCUUGUUGCAGCAAGAAGAAAACAGUGACGUCAAGCAACUGGCUAUCAAGAAACUCAAUAUUGCUGAUGAGCGAGUGGAUAAACAGUUUAAAACUGAGGUGGAAAUACUAUCACAGUGUAACCACGUAAACAUAUUGCCUUUGGAAGGAUACUCAUGUGAUGGACCUCACUGGUGUUUACUUUAUGCCUUCAUGUUGCACGGGAACUUACAGGACCGUUUGGCGUGUUGUAAUGACACACAGCCACUAACAUGGAAGCAGCGUCUCAGCAUAGGUGAAGGAACUGCUGAAGGCCUGGCGUAUUUACAUACAUUCCACAAUCAGCCCAUGAUUCACAGGGAUGUCAAAAGUGCCAACAUUCUAUUGGAUGUCAAUAUGCAGCCGAAGGUAGGAGACUUUGGAUUGGUACGAAUGGGCAGCAACGGCUCCCGGACCGGGACCAACAUCAAAACCACGACCGUGUUUGGCACGUCUGCGUACAUGGCACCAGAAGCUUUCAGAGGUGACGUUUCCACCAAGAUGGACACGUUCAGCUACGGCGUGGUCAUGUUGGAACUAAUAACCGGUCUUCCUCCUUACGACGAAUGCAGGGACGGGCGAGACCUUUUAUCUCAUAUUGAAGAAUAUGAAUCCCUCCCAGCAACUCUGUGCGAUACUAAAGCCGGUGCUUGGCCUUCUGGUUUACCUGAAGCUUUGUUUGAACUUGCCAUGCUAUGCUUUGAGGACAAGAGAACUCGUCCUUCUAUGGUAGAUGUUAAAUCACUCUGGAAGGAUUUACGGAAACGUUUCAAUUGAACCAUUGUUAUUCAUUCGAUGACUUAUUUUAAUUCGUUUUUAUCAAUUCAACCGGCUUUUGUGAAACUCGUUUUUUUAUAUUGAAAACAUUUUUGA